AAGCGUGUGCCUUGUAUAUUUGUAUUUGCUGUUCAUGCACAAACGCGCGCGCGCGUACACGCUUUUGAGAGGAAGGGGUGCCGGCUGUCAAGCGCGCGCACGCCACUCAGCCACGCCGAAUUUCAGGGGGCCGCCGAAGAGACGCGUGGCCGGAGAGCGAACCGCUGACGUCGGCGGUGCCACGUACGGAGCUAGCCGGCUAACGGAGUGUGACGCACGCAGAAGAGCAGCAAGAUGAGCCGUACGUGCAAAAACUGCGGGAGUUCCGAUGUGGACGUGGACCAUGCGCGCGGAGACGCCGUCUGCAUGGCCUGCGGGUCAGUGCUGGAGGACAACAUCAUCGUUUCCGAGGUGGAGUUUGUGGAGACUGGAGGAGGUGGAUCGCUUGCCGUCGGACAGUUUGUCUCCUCAGAAGGGGGUCCCAAACAUCCGUCGUUCGGGGAAAGUCAUCUGGCCAACACGGGACGAGAGUCGCGAGCUCAGACGCUGCAUAGAGCCAAGCAGCACAUCAGUGUGCUGGGCCACCAGCUUCAGCUCAAUCAGCACUGCCUGGACACGGCCUUCAACUUUUACAAGAUGGCGUUAGCCAAGCAUCUGACGUGCGGACGCAAGUCUGCUCACAUCAUGGCUGCUUGCAUCUACCUGGUGUGUCGCACAGAGGGAACGCCGCACAUGUUGUUGGACCUCAGUGACAUCCUUCAGGUCAACGUGUAUACUUUGGGAAAAACCUUCCUGGCACUCUCCAAAGAGCUUUGCAUCAAAGCUCCCGCUAUAGACCCGUGCCUCUACAUACCGCGCUUCACCCAGUUGCUGGAGUUCGGCGACAAGAACCACGAGGUGUCUAUGACGGCAUUGCGCCUGGUCCAGAGGAUGAAGAGAGACUGGAUGCACACUGGACGAAGACCAUCCGGACUCUGUGGGGCAGCUCUGCUGGUGGCCGCCCGCAUGCACGAAUUCCGCCGCACGCCCAAAGAAAUCAUUGACGUGGUCAAAGUGUGCGAGAACACACUGAAAAAAAGACUGAAUGAGUUUACAGACACACCCACCAGCCUUCUGACGGUGGAGGAAUUCAUGAAGGUGGACUUGGACAAGGAGUGUGAUCCUCCCUGCUUCACAGCCGGACUGCUCAAGAAGCGCCAGGAACAGCUGGAGGUGGAAUUGAAGAAGAAGAUGGAUGACCUGGAAGGUGAGAUCGAAGGUUACCAGGACCAAAUCGACGCCGAGCUGGAAAGCAGCCGACCCAAACUGCGAGGAGUUUACGCGGCCUACGCCAAACAAGACUUGCAGAAACACCUGGACGAAGCUACAGGCAUGUCCUCAACGGUGGAAGAAAUAAGUGAAAAAGAGCUGGAGGAAGAGGAAGACAUUCUGAAGGCGGUGGCUAAACACUUUGGCAAAGAUGUGGCUGAGCUCACCCUAGAGAAGCUCAUUGAGCUGGAGACGAAGGGGGACACCGCAGAAAACCACCAGCAGGAAUCGCAGAGGAAAGGACCCACACUUGCGUCCAUCUUGGGGACCGGGCUGCCAACUGCGGCUACGUUAGGCCUCGACCAAGCCGUCGAAAGCAGUGCCAAAGGGGAACAAGAUGGCGAUGAUUCAAAUCAAGGUGGCGAGUUGGACCUGAGCGGCAUUGAUGAUAGCGAAAUUGAGCUGUACCUGCUGAAUGAAAAGGAGGUCCAGGUGAAGACUGCUCUCUGGAUGGCUGAGAACUCAGACUACCUCAAAGAACAGAAAGAAAAGGAAGCCAAAAUCGCUAAAGAAAAGGAGCUGGGCACCUACAAGGAAAAGAGGAAGCGAACGGGGCCUCGUCGACGAGCGGCUACCUGGGGCCACACGGCCGACGAGGCCAUCGAAAAGAUGCUGGAGAAGAAGAAGAUCUCUACUAAAAUCAACUACGAUGUGCUCAAAGACCUCAACGUCAAGCCUGCCGCCAGCCCUGCUCGCGAGGGCCGCGAAGGACCCGGCUCGCCUGCGUCUGCCGGCAGGCCUGGCGGACGCUGCCAAAGGCCGGGACGGGCACCGCUCAACCUCAGCACGCCGCUCAGCUCCCUGGGAAAAAGGUUGCAGCCGUUUGUGACCGGGCAGCCCAAAAAGAAGAUGGCCGUGCAGCAGCCCGACGGCCCAGCCCCCGUAGCUGUGGCGGAGCCCCCGGCCGUGUUGGUGGAGAGCGGUCCGGUGGUCUACGACGACGCGGUUGAGGAAGAUGAGGAGGAAGAAGAGGAAACCUGUGUAAGCGCCAUGGCACUGAUGGGCAACCAAGAUUACGGCUGCGAUGAUUACGACGAUGGUUUCUAGCGACGGCUCAUUGUUUUCAGCCCAUGUUGAACUGUUUUUCAUUCUUCUGGGGAUUCGAUUCCCAUCCGCGACGCAAGAAAGCGGACCCCAAGAAUAUCCGACAAACAUCGGCUGCCAAGCAAUCAAAAUGGCGGCUCCAAUCGAGGAAUCAGGUAGCAUCUGUCGUGACUAGGACAUUCGUCCAAGUUGACUCAGAGAUGGAAAAUACAGAAAAAUGUGAACGUUCGUACAUCCUGUUCAGACAGGAAGUGGCUUAACUAUUAAUGUUUUUUUUUCCCUUUUUUUUUUAUCGUCGGAAAACCUCAGUGAAGUGAUGGUAGUGUCAUAAUGUCAGUGAAUGAUGACAUCAUGCUCUUCCAUGUGAUGUAUCAUGAGAUGUGACAUUAAUUUAAAAGAAGAGUAUGUGACCAGUAAAUGGGAAUGGAUUUUUUUUUUUUUUUUUUGCCCUGCUGUCAUUGACCCUGAUGAACACUUUAUGGCACAUAAUUCAACUUUAUUAUUAAAUCCAUCACAAGCAUGCGAAGCAUACAUAUUUAGUACUGAGCAUUUAUUUUCAAAAUUCUUGACAGUAUGAUUGAUUUCAUGUAUUAACGUGAAAGAUUUCACUAUUUCAUGUGAAAAAUGCCCUGUUUUGAACUGAUAGUUCACAAUUUAACAUGAUGAUCUUAAUGUUUUAUUGUAAUUUAUCAAUCCAAAGUGAUAAAUCUCACACGAUAAUGUUCUGAUGUUAUGAGUUUCACAUUUUAAUGCGAUAUUUCAAACUCAUUAAUUUCACAUUUCAAUCACGUUUGAACGGGACGAAUAUCACGUUUUAAUGUAAUCGAUUUCACAAUUUAACACGAUAACGGUCACAUUAUAAUGUGAUUAAUUUCACAUUUUAAGGUAAUACGUGAUACUUUCAUAUCCCCACCCUGCCAGCCCUCCAAGUCCAAACGGAUUGUUCAUCUAUUGCCUUUAAUGAAGUCAAUGAGUUAAACCAAUGUACCAAAUAGCUAACAAAUAGUGUUAUUUUGGGGUAUUUUGCAGCACCUGCGUGGAGAGUGUGCAAAAAAACUCCGUUUGAAUCUCGAAAGGUUGCGUCUUGAUUGCCCUUCCUGCUGGUGGUAUGACACUUUAAUUUAUAUGAGAUAUUUUCUAUCACAGCCACGCACGCACCGCUGCCUUCUGUCUUUGUACCCAGCAUGUACAAAUGUUUAUGUGUGUGUGUGUGUGCACGCACAACCUUGUAAUUACCCGUAGUCUGACGUGUUGCAGGUGGGAGAGACAAUUUAAUUAGAGGGAGAAGUGAGACAGCCAACGUGUGUGUCGUGUUGUUUGUUGUGCGCAAAAAAUCCGGGACGCAUUGUAUGUCUCUGAGGGAGCCAAAUGAAAUCAUCUGACCUUUAAAGGUAAUGCCAAGAAAUGGCACAUUUUUGACUGCCAUUGAAGAUGCUAGAUAGGGUUGCCAACCUUCCCUUGAAAAACGGAAUCAUCCGAUUUUCAGAAUCAAAAGUAAGCAUCUAGUACUAAGCUUACAAGUGAUGCGCUUUGUCCCUUAUAAUCAUAAAAAUCGGAAAUAGUUUUAUUUAUAGAACGAACAAUUACCGGUAUGGUGCUUUUCAAGAAUAUGUAAGGGAGCACAUUGCCCCGCCUCCCCUGCUUUCUGACCAAUGAGCUGACCGAACCAUUACAAUCCAGCUCAUCUCAUUGGUCGAGGAGGUCAGUGGCGUGCCGUCAUGUUUACCUCUGCUUAAUGUUUGCACAAGGGUGGACGUUUGCAUAGAGACGGUUGGGACAAAACACUACCAACUUUUCAGGAUGCUCAAAUUGUCCCCACCAACUUUUAAGCAACUUUAUUUGCGUUAUAUAAUGUGUUCAGUUACAUAGGUCAUUUAGAUUGUCUUCCUGUAUGUUGUGACGAUAGAAUUGACCCUACCAUUAUUGAAUCAUUUUCAAUAUGCUCAGACUUACGUCUACCCCUUUUUCACUUGCUGAAUGUGCCAGUCCAUGUUUUUUCAACAAACGCACAUUUGAUUGGCUGAUGACUUGAGCCCCCACGCACACACACACCGCCACCGUACAGAAUUACGUUACAUGUCAAUAAGACGCCUCCUCCGCCCUCUUCAAAGAGGAGGGAAAUUACUUUUUUUCGGCCAGCACCCGCUGAAAGUAAUGUAAAAAGUCAUUGUUGUGAAGGUGGAAAACGCACCACUAAUUUUGCUACUGAAAGUCCAACCUACAUCAGAGUUAGCAGUACCAUUACAUUAAAAUGUGUGAACUUGCUUACCUGAGUCUGAAGCUGCUUAGGGAGAAGUGUCCUCCUGUAUGUGUUUUCUACUAUGUUAACGUUAAUUAAACUGUGAGAAAUAUAGUGAACUCUGCUCAGCUGUAAGAAGUGUAGUGAACCAAGGUUUUCUGUCUUCCAAGAAUAUCUGCCAGUUAAGUAAAUUUUACUCAGAUUCCUUGAAAUGAGAAAAAUAGCUAGCUGAAAAUAAGCUUAACACUUAUUUUAAGCAAAAAGUUUGUAUAUUUAAUAUAAAAAAAAAAACUUGAUUGUCAGAAAUGUUUAAUUCAAGAAUAGAUGUUGUUCAAAACAUUAUUUGAAAGCAUUUUUUUUCUCUAUUUAGAUGCAGAAUGACCAACUUUUAGAUGUAUGGGCUUAAUAAGAACAAAUGGUAAUACUUACUAAAAGUGGAAGAAUCUGACGCAAUAAUAUUUUAACUAGCCUUUAAAACUCAAAACAAGAUAAAAUUAUUCGACUAGAUUUGAGAAAAAUUAUGAGAUUAAGAUGUUAUACUUAAAAUUAGUGUGUUAGUGUAAAUCAAUACAGAUUUAUUUUGCAUUAAUCCUUUAGCCUAUGAAUUAAUUAGGUUCUAAUUGGUGAGAAAUGUAGCCCAAUCUGUUUGGUCUUAUUAAUGUCCCUUUCCCAGCAAAAAGUGUACAUGCAGGUGAUGCUGUUAUAUCUUCCCUACCAAUAUAGAGACCAAACCUACGCCCUUGUGUUUGCACAUUUUAGAAAAAGUACAGUAUUUAAAAAAAAAAAAAAAAAAACACAAAAAAUUUAGCAUGACCGAUGUUAAUUUUAUUGUACUAUUUUUGGGGGGAUUAGAAAUACAUUGCUGAUUAUUGUUUUCCAUGUUAUCACUCAAAUAUGUACCUCAUUCAGUUUUUAGUAAAAUUCUUAUAUUAUCAUGAAAAAAAUUUUACAUACAAAAAAAUUAAAAGGUUUCGUUUAGCGGGCCGUCCAGCUCUACCAAUCACGUGUGCCCUUUUAUUUUUCUUUCAGGGAGUUUGCAACUGUAAUGCUAGAUCAGUGAUUCUUAAUCUGGGUUCAGCGAGUAAGUCGAAGGGGUUCGGCAAAGGUUAAGACACGGAGGGACCUAUUUUGAUACGCUGACUAAAAUCUAAGUAAAGGAUGUUUUAGACCAGGUUUUAGACUGGUUUGCCCCCACUUUACCGACUUUUUUAAAAAUUCUUUCAAUUGCUAGUCCUCUAUAUGAUGGGAGGAGAACCCGGUUUGCUCAGUGGAAAGAUGACUCUCACUUGAUAUGAGGACGUAUAACAGACCUAUGAGCAGCAUGGACUCAAAUUGUUUGAAUACAUGCUGUCAAAUUGUGAAGUGUUUUAACAGGAAUUUGCUCACUAGCUUAGAUUAAUCAGUUUUAAAGUUGGGAAAAAAAAAUCUUAUUCCAAAGGGUUCGGUGAAUGCACAUGUGGAACUCGUGAGGUUCAGUACCUUUAGUAACCUUUAACCACUAUGCUAGAUUAACCAGAGUUGCUCUUAAAAUCAGGUUUUUACAUGGUACAUACAGUAACUAUGACAUGACACCAAUCACACAAUUCAAACUAAUGCAAAAACAUCAGCAAUCUUCUAAGGGUUUUAAUUUCAUAAAUUAACAAUACCGGAGGGGCUGCCAGCCAUUCCCAGUCCAUGUGGAUUGGAUGUCUAGUGCCGUCAAUGGCAUUGAAACGUGUCCGUUUAAUUCCAGGCCAAAAUGUGCUUAAUUAAUCUCAAACUAGCAUUAAGUUGACAUUAGUUUUUACUUUUUUACAGUGUGAAAUACUAGUUCUGAAAUUCAAUUAGAACUCAUUUUAAAUCUGAUUCCCGUCAAGAUUUUAUUGUCGACAAGUUAAACCAGACAAAUGUGUUCAUAUUUUUUUCCCCUUUCUGUAUGAUUUUCGUGGGGCCGCGUGGGUCACUAUCGCCCGCGGCACCGAUGCGUAAGCCGACAUCCGUAGACGAAAAUAAAAACAAUCAAAUGAGAUGUAAAAAUAGAAAGAAAAACAUGUAGAACCCCCUCUCUCAGCUCCUGCUGGACGCCCACGCCGUCUGCUAGGAAGUUGUAGCGCAUUUCGUCCCCCACAGGCCAAACUAGAAGGCCGAAAUGGUCUUCAGCUAGCGGUCGGGAUGUCUACAGAGAAGGGGGGUCGACACAACCUGGAGGGGCUCAGUGGAGUACUUUGUUUUUAAUCUUGGCAAACAAUGGAGAUACUUUUUUUUUCUAGCUUGGUGCUAGGCAGAAGCCAACAAAUCCUGUAAAUCAGUCAUUUUAAUGACUGUUAUUUACAACAAUGGCUGGCACGGAAUGAUCAUGUUUGAGUGCCAUUAACGGCGAUAGAGCCAUCGCUGUCUGCCCCUGGUCCCGGUCCCCGGUCCAAAUGUCGUGGACAUUUAUUGUCAUUUAUUUCAGCCAAUGAGUUCAAUCUCAAAACAUGGCAUCAUGUGCAUCAGCUUGAUAAUUCUUGGAAAAAAUUAAAUUCAUUGAAAUUUGUGAAGUCCUUGAAGUCCAGGGUACCCGAAAAAUCAGAAUAUUUACAGCUUUUAUAGUUUUUAAAUACUGUAAAUGUUCAUUUUUCUGAAAUUUGAAAAAUUAAAACUGUAAAUUAUGACAUAACUAAGAAUGUAAUCCCCCCCCCCCCAAAAAAAACAAAAAUACAGUAUAAGAAUAAUUGCUGCUUUACCUCUUUUGUUUUUAUUUUAAAAAAUGCAGAUAAAUGAAAUAUAAAGUAUAUGAAAUCAUUGGAUUGCUAGGAUUAUUCAUGCCCCCUUAAGAUUUGAAUUUUUUUCCCUCCCCACGUUUUUUAUUAAAAAAUGUAAAUGAAAAAAAAAUAUAUAUAUAUAUAUAUUAAAAAUACAAGAUGCAGUGAUCCCUCGGUUUUCUCGGUUAAUGGGGACCAGAACCCACCGCGAUAAGUAAAAAACCGUGGAGUAGUGAACCCCCCCAAUAUAUUUAUUCAGAUUAGCAUUGGAAAGAGAUACAGUACAUAUAAGACAUGUUUUUUCACUUUUUUUUCUGAAAUUAUAAUGAAAAAAAUGUAGAUAUAUAUUUUAAUUUGGGCUGUCAAACGAUUAAAAAUUUUAAUCGAGUUAAUUACAGCUUAAAAAUUAAUCGCAAUUCAAACCAUCCAUAAAAUGCCAUAUUUUUCUGUAAAUUAUUGUUGGAAUGAAAAGAUAAGACACAAGACGGAUAUGUACAUUCAACAUACGGUACAUAAGUACUGUAUUUGUUUAUUAUAACAAUAAAUCAACAAGAUGGCAUUAACAUUAUUAACAUUCUCUUAAGGUGAUCCAUGGAUAGAAAAACUUGUAGUUCUUAAAAGAUAAAUGUAAGUACAAGUUAUAUAAUUUUUAUAUUAAAACCCCUCUUAAUGUUUUCGUUUUAUUAAAAUUUGUAAAAUUUUCAAUAAAAAAAUAAACUAGUAGCUCACCAUUGUUGAUGUCAUUACACCAUGCUCACUCCCCAAACCCAUAAAAUCAUUUGGACCCAAGCACCAGCAGAGGGCACCAAACAACAAAAAACAAGUAACAAGCGGACAUUACACUGUUGUCAUUUUAAUCUGAGCGGGGCAUGUGCGUUAAUUGUGUCAAAUAUUUUAACGUGAUUAAUUAAAAAAAAGAAUUACCGCCCGUUAACACGAUAAUUUUGACAGCCCUAAUUUUAAUGUUUUUUAAGCACUUCAAAUGUAAUAAUUAUAAGUUUUAAUCAUGUUAAUGUCCCACCAAAUUAUUUUUAAACAAGAAUAAAGUUGUAGAAAUAUGCCUGGCUAUAUUAAACUCUUCAUUGAGUGAGUCCACUCAAAUCCUCAGCUUUGCUCACUUACACAGAAUGAGUUGCCACAGCAACUGUUUAACUAGUUAAACGGUGAUUGACGCAAGCGGCGCUUUUGAAGGUAGUGUCGUUGGCAAGAUCAAACCCAAACAUCUGUCAAUCAUCGUGAACUUUAAUAAGCAACUCCAGUGCACUGCCUGACAAACAAAGAGCAGGGAGAGGGAGGGAGGGAGCGAGAGUGACCCCGGUAAUACACCAAGUACGUCUACGGCGCGUCAACGUUGCCGUCACGUCAACACAGUAAAACACGGCCAUGCGACCGCGUAUUAGACACGUCCUGGAAGCGGUUCAACACGUUGCACCCGAAAUGAACGGCAGUUUAUUAUUUGACACGAGAUGCGACCCUCCUGCGUUAAAACUACUAGGUAGGAUCGGGAAGUCACUCGUGUAAAAAUAUGAUGGAUCCGGUCGAUUUUCAUAAUAAUAUGCAAUUUUAUUUCUGUGUGGCGCUUUAACUCGAGAAAAUCCAUCAAUAAAGCUUCUGCAAUCCAUCCAAAAAUGAUUCAUUGAGGCAUUUCAUUGGUAAAAUACAUGUUAAAAUCGUUGUGAGUACGUUUGUUUUUCUCUUUAGCACAGGACUUUUUUUCUUUCAGAAAGAAGGCUGACCAAUUUGCAGGGUCUGAAAGGCAAAUGGUUGUUGUAUUAUUAUCUUUAAAUACCCGCUACUCUCACGUGAUCUUGCAAUCCGCGUGUGAACGAUCGAGCCGCUCCACAGACGCUCUGCUCAUGAAACACAUCCUGUAGAAAUUGGGGGCGAGCAACAAUGGUGCGUCGACGCGCCGGCAACAAUGACGUGCCUGGUAUAUUACUGGGGUGAGACUACGUGAUUGCCUCGGGAUAGCUCAUCUGUAAUUUUAUCGGGGGCAAAAAAUCUGCAAUAGACUGAGGGCGCGAAGUUUGAAAAGUGAAGUAGCGAGGGAUCACUGUAUAAUGAACUCACCAAAUCGCUGCCACUCCCCAGUUGAAAUGGAUUGGACAUCUAUAACUGUCAAUAGCAGAGGGUUUUAGCAUUUUUAGGGAGCAUCUGUCAAAUGUUUUUUGGUUUUUUUUCUACUUUCAACUAUUUUUUAAUUGAUAUUUAGUACAGUUUUUUUCCCAAAACAAAAAGACGAUAUAUACAUUUUCUCCCAUAUUUAUUUUUACUAAAGAAAUUUAAAUGAAAAAGUAAAAGUUAAAUAAAAUCAUUCGAUCAACACCAGCUUGCGCCGACACCGGUGGGUAAUACAUUUUUUUAAUAUUUAUAAAGCGGUUGGAACAAAUGGAAGGUUAUUGAUGUGUUUCGUUAGUGUUUUAAAGUUACAGUGUGACGACUCUGAUUGCCAGACAUCUUUGCUUCUUUGGUGUUGACUCACACACGAAGGUGCGUUCCCACCUGGGCCGCAUCUCAAAACACAGACAAAACACCAGAUGUGACUCAAACACCGGUUACCUCAUGCAGGCAGGGAAAGACAAAGAUCAAACAAAAAUUGCCCCGUCAUCCCAUGAUCACUGUUUUGAGACGGUGUGGACAUUUGGAGACUGUCUUUGUGUUAAAUUACUAAUACUAACCUGACGAAUUUUAUGUUGAGAAAUUUCACAUUUCAAAUUGAUACUUAACAUUUCAACCUUAUGAAUUGAAUGUCUUUAACAUAAUGAAUUUCACUGUUAGAAAUUUCAACCUGUUUCAAGAUGUUAAAUUUCACGUCUUAACAUGAUAAAUUUCACAUUAUAAGGUGGUGACUAUACCCACUGUUUUCCUUUAAUCAUCGGCUCCUAUUGACACCAGUGGAUGUCCAAUCUGAAUGAUCACUCCUUGGCCUCCCACUCAAAAUGGAUGAGACGCCUAUCAACGUCAAUGGGAAUCAGAGUUAUUUAUUACAAAUCUACAUUUACUGAUCGUGUUAUAAAUUCAUCCCAAUAAUGACAGUUAUUCAACAACAGUUUAAUGAAGUGGAGGACUGAAGUAAACCAGUUUUGCUGCCAUAGCAGAAAAUAAAGUUGAGUUGAAAUGUUUUGGUAUCAAGAUAAAAUUCCUCAUAGUUUAUAUGCCUGUGUGGUGCUGAUAAAAUAAAGAUGCGCUGUGAUCAUCUUUAUUGAUCCCUGGGGCUUCAGACGACAACGCCAUCAUUAGGGCGUCCUUCUUUCCCUCAGGGCUCCUUGAAUAUUCACAUCAAGAUACUUCAACUUUUAAAGAGGACAUUAAGCACCAAAUGCACACUUUCGUUUCAUAUCUAUAACAUCAAACCCAAUGAGUAGUCUCAUAUUUUUAACUCAUUGGCUGCCAUUGACGGCAAUAGGCGUCCAAUUCAUUUGGAGGGAAUUGUCAUUUUAUUAUUUGUAGCUUUUUUGUUGUUGUUGUUGUUGUCGUUAAAAUUUUUUGUAAAUUGUGCAAAUCCUGUUUCAUCCUCUUAGUAGCAAAUAUGUUCUUAUUUUACAUUUUUAUUUUUUUCUAAAUAAAGGGGAGAACAAAUUAAUAAAAAGAAAAUGAACACUUUCAUGAACGAAUAUUUUUUUUAACGCUGCAAGGGACUCAUUGGCUGUCAUUAGCCACGUUUACAUGCUGACUUUUAUUCAUACCGAUUCAAAUCAUUCCGAAUGGAAAUUUCACAUCAGCUGUUUACAUGUCACUUCAUCUAUUCCGAUCCAGCGUUUACAUGUGACUGCCUUUAUUCCGAAAGGACGUUUGACAACUGCCGUCUGACAUGCGCAGAUUAAUCAAAACAAAGCGUCACGUUACAAAACAUGGAGCUCGAUCGUCAGAUCAGCUGCUGUUUUAACUUUUCGAGUGGAAACAAAACUUCAGAAUGAUACGCCGUUCAUUUAAAAAGUUGUGUGGGUGCGCUGUGCGUGUGCUUGGAAGCCAUGUUGCAAGUGACGUUACUUACGUCACCGAGUGACGUCACCACGUCAGUACGGAGCAUGCGCAGAAAGAACGCAACCAGACACCAUUCCGCUUCCCUGUUUACAUGAUAUAAUUUUACUUCUAAUCGGUUUGGGAAAAGGAAUAUUCCACCCCUGUGAAUCGCAAUGAAAUUCCAUUCGGUUUGGGCCUGUUCAUUCCGAAUGAGGUGUUUAUAUGGAACACAUUUAUUCGGUUUGAACAAAUAUUCCGAUUGUAAUUGGAAUAUUUGGCUCCAUGUAAACGUGGCAAUUGAUGUCUACUUCGUUUAGUACUGAAAUGAGCAUUAAAAAAAAAAAACACUUGGUAGCUCUUCAGUUUUGGGCGAUUUUAGCGACGCCGGUGGACAAAAGCAGUAGUGUUUUGCAUUUAGGAAGACUGCGUUUCCCAUAAGGACCAGCGUUGCAUUUCGCAUGAGGACCAGUGCACACACGCAGUGUCGUAAAACCAUCAACCAAUCAAAAAUCAAUCUCCCGGUCGCCUGCAGAUGAGUUUAACAUUUCUGUUUCCAGCGGCUGUGUGAAGGAUGAAUGGUAAUAAAGUAAUGAAUCCAGUUGUGGCUUAACAAUAGCAUAUGACAGUUAGCAACCAUGUGGUUUAGUGUGGGUAAACCCUUCAUCCGAACUCAAGUGAAAGCCAGGCGGAUGUUUAUUCCGUAGGUCCUGGUAGUUUGUUUUUUUUCCCUCCUUAGACAAUACUUUUUGUCUCUUGCUGGUCUGCCAUCUUUGCAGAAUUCGCGUGAAAGCGUUGGCAUCAACUUCUGUAAUUAUAAUGAAUCGGAAAAGGGGGAAGUGACGAAUGCCGUAAAGCAGUCAGCAUGUUUGUAGUUUUUUUGUGAGGCAGGGUUCCUGCCACCCUCCUCAAAGUUCGUUAGUGCCAGUGAACGUAAUAUAGACCCCCUCAAGAUAUAAAAAAGGUGUCAUUCAACGAGUUUUCAGUCGACAUAUCACAAAUGUUAUGAAAGUAUUUUAUAAAGCUUAAAAAGUUACCAAGUGUUGCUUUAACAGCCAGUCCCCCCCCACACACACACACACACACCGUUUUUAGGGAGGGGCACAAAA